AAUUCUCAUACAGAAUCAGCCUUACGGCCAGGCUGCUUUAUCUCUCCGUGAGCCUUCACGGCGCGCGCGCAAAAAUUGAUGUUGAAACUCGAUCUUGCAGCUUGCUUCCAGAACUAGUCGCAGAUAUUCUGCUCUGCAGUGCUCGUCUGCUAACUCGAUCGUAAACACGUACACGCACAACCAUUUCCUUCCAGAAAUUUCAGAUAGAUUGCUCAUUUUAUUACGAUAAAAAAAAUUAUCCGCUAUGGCAUUGACUUCGCAAAUCGGCAGCAUUGCUCGUAACUGCAAUGGACUUGCAGCUGUUCCAGCGAGGCUUAGUUCGUGGUGGUCUCAUGUUGAAAUGGGACCACCCGAUGCCAUUCUUGGAGUUACAGAAGCUUUCAAAAGAGACCAAAAUCCCAAAAAAAUAAAUCUUGGUGUUGGAGCUUAUAGAGAUGAUGAUGGCAAACCAUUUGUAUUGCCAAGUGUAAAAAAGGCAGAGGAAAAUCUUCGUGUAAAGAAUUUGGAUAAAGAGUACUCUCCUAUUUCUGGAAGUGCUGACUUUUGUAAACAUGCAAUUACCUUAGCUCUUGGUACUGAUAAUGAAGCUAUAACUAAUGGCCUUAAUUCUACUGUACAAGGUAUAUCUGGAACAGGGUCUUUGACCAUUGGAGCCCAUUUUUUGAGUAAAUGGUUCCCAGGAAACAAAGAUAUCUAUCUUCCCACCCCUUCUUGGGGUAAUCACACACCUUUAUUCAAAUUAGCUGGAUUAAAUGUAAAAGCAUAUAAGUAUUACAAUGCUAAAACCUGUGGACUUGACUUUCAAGGUCUUUUGGAUGAUGUGACUAAAAUUCCUGAAAAAUCAAUCAUUCUAUUACAUGCUUGUGCCCAUAAUCCAACUGGUGUAGAUCCAAAGCCAGAACAAUGGGCUGAAUUAUCAAAUCUUAUUAAGAAGAAGCAACUAUUUCCUUUCUUUGAUAUGGCCUACCAAGGCUUUGCUUCAGGGGAUGUUAUGAAAGAUUCUUUGGCUGUGAGAAUGUUCAUCAAAGAAGGACACAAUAUUGCAUUAGCCCAAUCAUUUGCCAAAAAUAUGGGUCUUUAUGGCGAACGUGUUGGAGCAUUUUCUUUGAUCAACUCUGACAAAGAUGAAGCUGCUCGUACCAUGUCUCAAAUAAAAAUUUUAGUUAGACCAAUGUAUUCUAAUCCUCCUAUCAAUGGAGCUCGCAUUGUUAGCGAAAUUUUAGGUAAUGAUGAAUUGAAGAAUCAGUGGCUCGUUGAUGUCAAAGGAAUGGCUGAUCGUAUUAUCUCUGUGCGAUCUAAACUCAGGGAAAAUUUAAAAAAGAAUGGCAGUACUCGUGACUGGUCACAUAUUACUGAUCAAAUUGGAAUGUUCUGCUUUACCGGUCUCAAAGCUCCAGAAGUUGAAAGACUUACAAGAGAAUUCAGCAUUUAUCUUACCAAGGAUGGCAGAAUAUCCAUGGCUGGUGUAACAUCUAAAAACGUUGAAUACCUUGCCCAUGGUAUACAUGAAGUUACCAAGUAAUCUACCACAACUUAAAUAAUCCCAAUUUGAGUAUUUUUCACCUUAAGUAACUAAAUCUCUUAUGUGCACACAAACAAGAUAUUCAACACAAUCAAUAUAAACGUCCGAUUGAUAAAUAGAUAUAAACAUGAACUUCUAUAUAUUUUGACAUUAAGAGAUACUAAUAUGAUAUAUUUAAAGAUUAAUGUACAGUGCAUUUACUGAUAUAUACAGCGUGUUAUUUUUUUAAAGAAAAUCACUGCUGGCAGUGUAGUAAGUGCAAUUUUCAAUGCAUCCUGCCUGUUACAUUAUGCAUACAUAAUUUAUAUAAAUAAUUUUUAAAUUGUAAAAAAAAACUAACAUUCCUCUCUUCUAAGAUUUAAAAAAAGUUUUUAUAGUAACAUUUUGUCUUGACCAAGGAAAUCAUGAAUAUUAUAUACUAGGACAGUCGUAAUUUGCUAUCAUUUUUUUUUUAUUAAACUUCCUAUUUUGACUAUGGAAUAGACUUCAUGAUGAAAUUAAGAUGAUUUAAAAAUUGACCAGUGAUUGAGAAUAAACGAGUGAAUGAUUGUAUUUACAAAUAUAAAAUGA